AUGUCCUCAUCCGGCGACAUCGGUGAGGAUGCGGGGGCUGGGGAGGAGGACGAGACGCUCGCGCAUUUUCUCGAGUCCGAGAUCCUCUCCGUAGAGGUCCGACUUCUCCAUUAUCUGUUUAUUCGGAAUUUAGGUUUCGAUCUGUUGUCUAACUCGUGGGUGGGCGGAAUUGGCGUCGCAGGAUGAUGUUCUGCCGGUGAAGAGGCCUCGCUUGGGGGAGAAGCAAGAGGAGUCGUCUCCGAUGCCUUCUUCUCUGCCUCAGGCGGUUCCCGACAAAGGCAAGGCGGUGUUGCAGAUCGAGACCGGCUUCUUCAGCAGGAUACCCCCGGAGCUGUUCCGCCACAUCUUCAAGUUCCUCUCCUCAGAGGUCUACUUCAUCUUCUUCUCUCUGCUCACCCUUCUUUGCCCACCCUCUGCGCUUUAGAGAAAAAAAUACCCCUCUUUUUUAUCUUUCUUUUUCAAAGUUAUAUGUUAUUGAAUUUUUUUAUUUUAGUUGUGGUUUUCUAUUGAUUGGAUGAAUGUUUUUCUGGUGUGGUAGGACCUCAUUUCAUGCUCCCUAGCAUGCAAGCUAAUGAACUUUGCUGCCUCCGAUGAGUGCCUCUGGCACCGCCUGUAAGUCCUUCCUCUCUGUUCUCCGAGCUUCUUUCCGUUUUUAUAUACUCAAACACUUAUUUUGCUUAAUCUUAUUAGUUUUGACAUCCCAUGGUGUGUAAUUCAGUGUGAACUUGGUGGGUUGCAGGUAUUGUAUACGAUGGGGUAUAGAAUCUCGGAUUGGAAAACUACGUCAGUGCCCGUGGAAGAAGCUCUACAUUCAGGUAUGCAGUUCAGAACUGCCUGCUAUGAAGGGUGGGCAUUCAUGUGCAUGGAAUACGUACCUUACGUGCAAUUAGUUUACAAAAUGCUCGAGAUAGGAAAAUAGCAGGGUUUGCUCAUAAAGUUUUGAGCGCUUUAGAUAAUGGCUAAUCAUCAAGAUAUCCUAAACGUGUCGUUCUCUUAAACUCCUUCCUCGAGUGGAAAAUUGUGCGUGGCUAUCUCUGCUUUAAUUUAGUGGUAACAGUCGUAAGGGCCUAAUUUACUGUGUAGUGGACAUGAAUUUUCGCUUAGAGAAAAUUCAUUUGGCAGUAAAAAUUAUUAUAUAAUUCUACAUCUCACAACUUGUCUUGACAGGAGUAGUUUAUGAUUUUUGUUCAAGCGUUAAGCAACCUACUAGUCUUCGUUAUCUGUUUUGACAUUGCGAGUUGAGGAAUCAUGACUACCGUCUUUUCUUUGUUAAACUAUCUCUUGUUUCUUUGAUUAUUCAUACAGCUACAGACCUGCCCAUCUACUUGUAACUCAGAUUAUUUUUUAAUUCACGUACAUUUCAUUUAUGUGGUUUUUUCUUUGUUUCUCAGUUCAUACGCUGCAGCCUUUUUCUGGGUUAUGAUUUUUUAUCCCAAACGCUAUAGUAUAUACACAAUUCAUGGUUGCGAACUGCAUAAGGAUAUAAAUAGUUUGUAGAUUUAUUUUAAAAUUAGGAAGUAUAUCUUUCGGGGAAUAGUCUGGAAACGACCAAACUUUGGAGCUGAUCUGAACUCCUGGAUUUGAAUGGCCCUGUGGUUUUGGGGACGAUUUCAUGGCAUCUCUUCCUACCGUUUAUGGAACUGGUAGGUUUGAUCCGAUGACCUCAUUUCUUCAUGAGGUGAGAUUUUGGGAACCAAAUAUUUGCUCAGUUUCAAGCUCACCUUGCACAGUUAACUGUUAAUCUACCCGCAUCUUGAAAUACCUUGCCUUUUUUGCAGCGUGAUCAAGAAGAUAUGGUCCACUUUAUCAGGAAUUCCCCCUCAGAGUUUAGGGAGUACUACAUCCAAAUGCAGGCGGCGAAGAGAAGCCAAGCUCCUCAUCCAUCCCAAGUAUAGAAACGAUCCUAUUCAAAUUUUUUUCUUGUAAGAUCUUAUUGUUUUUCCGCUAUAUUGUGGGAACCCAUUUUUCUUAUGUUUAUUUUGAAGGUGUAUGAUGAUAGCGUGAUGCUUGACAAAACAGUGGCGGAGCAAGUCUCCAUUUGGAAAAGCAGCAGAGGAUUAACUGAUGAAUUGAUCGGUGAUCAUGCUUGCUCCGGAGAUACGUGCACUUAUACACACAUUGGUGAUGUUUUCCUUUGUGAGAAGACAGGGCGUGUUCAUGGUAUAGAUCAUAAUACAUACUUUACCAUUCUCACUUCUCUUUUUCUCUUCAUGACGUGGUUGUGGUUGCAUAAUGGUGCAGUAUGCGAUGAUAUGUGUCGUGAAAUUGUUCUGGAUCAAUUAAAUGGGCAUUUUGUAUGCACCAUUUCUGGUCAUGUUUUUGACAGUUGGCUCUCCUCGGAUAAUGAAUUAAAUACGGUCAGUAUAAUAUGCCUGAACUCGCUCUUCUUUUCUUUGAUCUCUCAUGCAAGAUGUUUUGAUCUUUGAAGAGGACUUUUAGAAUCAUCAUUUCGUCUUUCACUUUGCAGUCUUAUGACGCUUCGGCAUUCUUGCGCAAACGUACUAAAAAUUGAAACACAUAUUAUCAAUCAUUUGAUGCCUGAAACAUUGUUCUUGGCUAGUUAUACAUUACUGGGCCAGCACAUGCAGGACGCUUCAUUUAAAUUUUAUUUGCACUGAACUAUCAGUUAUUCUUUAUGAAGAGUUGCCUCACCUUCCACCUUUCCCCAUGGUUUCAGGAACAGGGGGAGGCGGCGGAUGAAGCUGAGCCCUUCAUGGGAUCUGGCCGAUUUGGUAAGAACACAAGCCUCUUUUUUACUAUAUGUUGAUUCAUUUGCACUGCAGUAGCGAUGCAUACACAUUUCAUGUUCGAAUGAGGCGUCUGUUUUUUCUCAAGAUCUAGCCGAAUCGUUCAGAGUUCUUUGGUUGCUUGGUUGAAACCCACCCUGGUGGAUCCAUGAGUGGUUUCAGAGAUCAUAGUCUAGAAAGAAAAAUAGCCCUGGACCCCUCUCCUGCCUUUGACUGUGCCCAUCUCUGUCUCUCCCCCUCUCUGAGCGGACCUGAGCCUAUAUGAGCUUACACCCAUUGACACCCGAGUGAAACCCAAAAAAGGUAAACUUUUCACCCUACCCAGACCCUCGUCCUAGAUUACAAGGGCCCCACUUUAUCCUCCUCAGACAAGAAAGCCUUCAUCUAUUAAAGCUGGCUUGUUUCACCAUGAUUGGUUCUUCCUUUUCUAAAACGUUGACUUUUACGCCCAACGGGCAGGAACUGUAUGGCCAGCUGCUCUGGCCUUCAUUCCUGCGCAGACUGACUUUUUUGCUUCCUUGUGCCCGUCUAUCAGCUCGGGCGUACUUCCUGGGCUACAACUGCGACGAUGAGAAGGAGCUCGAAGCGACUCUGAGGUUCUGCUGA